AUGGUCGGUGGUUAUGUCGGUGUGAGUGGUGAUGACGACCUCAGUGCUGGUGUCGGUCCCAGUGGUAACGUCGGUCCCAGUGGUAACGUCGGUCCCAGUGGUAACGUCGGUCCCAGUGGUAACGUCGGUCCCAGUGGUAACGUCGGUCCCAGUCUUAACUUCGGUCCCAGUGGUAACGUUGGUCUCAAUGUUAACGUCGGUCCCAGUGGUAAUAUCGGUCCCAGUGUUAACGACAGUCCCAGUGUUAACGUCGGUCCCAGUGUUAACGUCGGUUCCAGUGGUAACUUCGGUUCCUGUGUUAACGUCGGUCCCAGUGGUAAUGUCAGUCCCAGUGUUAACGUCGGUCCCAGUGGUAAUGUCGGUCCCAGUUUUAACGUCGGUUCCAGUGUUAACGUUGGUCCCAGUGGUAACGUCGGUUACAGGGUUAACUUUGGUCCCAGUGGUAACGUCGGUCCCAAUGUUAAGGUCGGUCCCAGUGUUAACGUCGGUCCCAGUGGUAAUGUCGGUCCCAGUGGUAAUUUCGGUCCCAAUGUUAACCACAGUCCCAGUUUUAACGUCGGUCCCAGUGUUAACGUCGGUUCCAGUGGUAACUUCGGUUCCUGUGUUAACGGCGGUCCCAGUGUUAACGUCGGUCCCAGUGGUAAUGUCGGUCCCAGUGGUAAUUUCGGUCCCAAUGUUAACCACAGUCCCAGUUUUAACGUCGGUCCCAGUGUUAACGUCGGUUCCAGUGGUAACUUCGGUUCCUGUGUUAACGGCGGUCCCAGUGUUAACGUUGGUCCCAGUGGUAACGUCGGUUACAGGGUUAACUUUGGUCCCAGUGGUAACGUCGGUCCCAAUGUCAAGGUCGGUCCCAGUGUUAACGUCGGUCCCAGUGGUAAUGUCGGUUCCAGUGGUAAUUUCGGUCCCAAUGUUAACCACAGUCCCAGUUUUAACGUCGGUCCCAGUGGUAACGUCGAUCCCAGUGGGAAAAAUUUGGUCCGGGGGUAG